AGGCUGUAUAAAUUUAGGAGUAACAGAAAGAGCCAUCCAAAGAAGAAACAAUGUGUAGUAAACUUUCAGUGAGGGCUUUACUUAUUCCCAUUCUUACUUUCCUUCUUCAAUGGCAACUUGUUCAUGGAGCUGAUAAACCUUAUAUUGCUAGAAACCAAACUCUGCCUUGUGACAGAAACCAAAAUCUGCCUUGUGACGAGUUGGAUGCUCUUACAAUUGUCUUAAGCGGUUUAGGCGUCACAAAAUUCAGUGAUUCACACUGUCAAAAUAGCAGCAACCUGGUGGCUGGUGCUGAAAUAAGGUGUAAUUGCAGUUUCAAGGACAAGGAUGGCAAUUUCACUUGCCAUAUAACCGAAAUAAAUAAAAGGAGUAGCUCGCUGAGUGGUUAUAUGGAUGAUGCAAUAAGUGGGCUUCAACACUUGCAAAUUCUGGAUCUUUCCUCCAAUCAGUUGACUGGAUCUCUACCACAAAGCAUGGGAAAUUUAACUAGUUUGACAGACCUGUAUCUUUCCUCCAAUCAGCUGACUGGAUCCCUACCACAAAGCAUGGGAAAUUUAACUAGUUUGACAUACCUCAAUCUAGCGAACAAUCAGCUUGAAGGUACUAUUCCCAGCAGCUUUCAAGCUUUAAAUUCACUUAAGUAUUUGGAUCUUUCACUCAAUUUCUUGAAUGGUCCAAUGACUGGAUUGGGCAAUCUGCAAAAUUUGAUUCAAAUGUAUUUGGAGUUCAACUUCCUGAAUCAAUCCAUACCUAAAUCAUUUGGUAACCUCUUAUCGCUGGAGACAUUGAAUCUUGACAGUAACAUGUUAUCCGGCCCAAUUCCUGAUGAACUGGGGAACCUCACUCAACUUGAUUUUCUGUAUGCACAUGACAAUGAACUCACGGGUCCACUUCCUGAAGCACUUGGAAAAUUGAACAAUAUUACAAGUUUCGGCUUGAAUUCCAACAAUCUUACUGGUAAAAUUCCACAAAGUUAUUCCCAGCUGACUGGACUUCAAAGCUUUGCUGUAGCUGGAAAUUAUUUGUCUGGCCCUAUACACGAUUACAUUGCAAACUGGAAGUACCUGACUUUUCUGUAUCUUCUGGGAAAUAAUUUUGAAGGGAAUCUACCAGAAGGGAUUUUCAAGCUUCCGCAUCUUGAGGAAUUGUGGGUUAGUGGCUUAACGAAUCCUGGUUUUACUUUCCCCAGACAAGCGGACUUGAUGACGAACAUAUAUUCUUUGGUGCUGAGGAAUUGCUCAAUCAAUGGCACAAUUCCUUCUUAUAUUGCUAAAUGGCCUGAAUUGACGCAUCUUGAUUUGAGUUUCAACAACUUAACUGGUGAGAUCCAAGAGUUUGGUACAGGAACGAAGCAUGUGAAAAUAUUUUUAUCAAGAAAUAAGUUUAAUGGGAAAUUUCCUCAGUGGAUCAUUAAGCAAUCUUAUGGAAUACUUGAACUCGAUGUUUCAUACAAUGAUUUCACAAAUAUGCCAAAGCAUGAAAAUGGAAUGCUUCAAUCUUCGUCAAAUACGAUUAUCAUUGAGCCAACGAGAGAGUACAUAUAUCAGAAAGGGAAAAAAUGUCCUAAAAAGACUCACUCCCUGUCAAUAAACUGUGGUGGUGACCACGUGGAUUUUGACAAGCAAAGUUAUGAAAAUGAUACUGCAAUAUCAAACUUUUAUGAAAGUCCUGAUGGAAAUUGGGCUUAUAGCGUUUCUGGAGGCGCCAUCACUCCAACCACCAGAGAGAACUUAACAUGUGGAGUUUCCGUUCCUGAGGGAGACCUAUACGUCAAUGCUCGUGUUGCUCCUAUCUUCCUUACCUAUUAUGCCUUCUGCUUGCGUAAAGGCAAAUACAAUAUCAAACUUUUUUUUGCUGAAACUUCAUUUUCCAAAAAGGAAGAUUAUAGUAUUCUGAAGAAACGCAUUUUUGAGGUACAUAUUCAGGGAAAGAAAGUAUUACAGGAUUUCAACAUACAGAAAGAGGCUGAAGGAGCUAAGUAUAAGACCAUUAUGAAAAGUUUCACGGCUAUAAUACCUGACCACGAACCAUUGCAGAUAGACUUCUUCUGGGCUGGUAGGGGAUCUCUAGAUGAUAAUGGACCUCUCGUUUCAGCUAUUUCCAUAACGCGUGCUCCAAGAAAAUUAAAAGCUUGGGAAAUAGUUGCAAUUGCGGCAGCUUGCGUCCUUUUUCUGUUCCUUUUGUUAGCUUUCCUGUGGAGAAUGGGAUGGAUAGGAGACAGAGAGUUGCACAAAACACGUAUAAACCUUUCGGAAGAACAGGCUUACAGUGUUAAAGAAAUAAUUAAUGCCACUCAAAAAUUCAGCCCAAAAACAAAGAUUGGCAAGGAUGGUCGUUUUGGAAUAGUCUACAAGGCUAUACUGCCAAAUUUGACAGUAGCAGUGAAGAAGCUUUUUCCAAAAUCAAAGGCAGCUGCUGAAAUAAGAGCAGAAGUUUUUGCAUUGUCUAAUUUAGGAGAUCAGAAUCUUGUUAAAUUACUGGGUUCUUAUUCAAAAAGAGGCUUGCAUUUGCUAAUUUAUGAAUAUAUGGAAAAUCUUGUUAAAUUACUGGGUUCUUAUUCAAAAAGAGGCUUGCAUUUGCUAAUUUAUGAAUAUAUGGAAAACGGAUCCCUUGAGGAAGUCUUAUUUGAUGCUAAUUGUUCGGCACAACUUAGUUGGGAAAAAAGAUACAAAAUUUGUGAACAAAUAGCCCUAGGUUUGGAGUUUUUACAUAAAAGGGAGCCGGCCGUAAUCCAUGAAAUAAUCCAUAGAAAUAUCAAGGCCAGUAAUAUUCUGCUUGAUAGAGAUUAUAAUGCUAAAAUCUCAGACUUUGGAUUGGCAAAGCUUUAUGAGGAAGAUGAUCCAUUUAUGUUCACUAAAGAUCCCGGAAGUACACUGAAGUACAUGGCACCUGAGUAUGUAUCUCACAAUAACAUAACAGUGAAAGUUGAUGUGUAUAGCUUUGGCCUUCUGCUACUUGAAAUCAUUAGUGGGAAAAAGAUUGAUGAAAACCUUGGAGAUCCUGGCAAUAGUAUUUAUCUUUUGGAAAAGGCCGACAUGUGUCGCAAGCAAAAAACGUACGAACAAUUAAUUGAUGAAACAUUGAAAGAGCGUCCACCAGGGAGAGUAUCAUCAGCAAUGCUUUAUCAAGCCAUUACCAUCGUUGAGUUGGCAAUGCUGUGCACCGAUUGGCCUUCUAAACGACCCCCAAUAUCAGAUGUAGUGAGCGUGCUUCAGGGUGAAAAAACCGUUAAGGAUAUGACUGAUGUUUAAUUUCACACUUGGAAUUUAAUUUUGGACUCUAUUUUCAUUUAUUAUUAUGGUGGUGUUUUUUUUUUUUUUUUUUU